UUCGUUUGUUGACCGGAUAUUUGCGCUUGCGACAAUACACCAGUGAGCAUGCAGUUUCUUCUUGCCGCGUUUGCCUUGGGUCGCUUCAAGAUGUCAUCUCCUGAUAGGGGCCGCCUUUUCCUUUUCAGAAAACCACGGAGAGAGACGAGAGACGCUGGAAUCGAGAGCGCGUGAGAUCUCUGAUUGCCCGAAUACACGAACACAGGGAGGUCUUCCACCAGAGAGCUCUCUGAAGUACACCGACAACGUGCAUCCACCGUGUUGUCUCUUACCAGCAGAAGAAGACGAGCCGGUCCUUCUUCACAGCGGAUCGCGAGGGUCUGAUCUCUGCAGCCAUGGCGCCGUCCACCACGCCCAAGGACGCCUCGACGGACGCACAGUCCUGGCGGUCUUCGUCGAGAGGCAUCGGCCCUAGACUCGCCGCGACCUUCUCUUGGCUGGCGCUGUCGUCUGCAACUUUCGCCUUCAUGACCACUCCCCGCAGAAAGGAAUGGGCAGACAUCUGUCUAGACUACUGCUACUCGAAACGCGCAGUUUACGCCCCAUCUGUGUACGACCGACUCUUUGCGUUUUUGAAGAAAGUCCCUAAGUAGACAGUGGCUGUCGAAACUUGUGUGUCGGGACCGGUCGUUGGAUUUCCGCGAACCGCAGACACACAAGACAUCUGCCUUCUAUUCACAGCUACGAAGGAGCCCUGUUCUUAUGUUGCGAGGCAUCUCAGAAGUGGAAAAAGAACUCCCUGCAAGAGACGAGCGCGUGUGUCACAUUUGUACCGCGGACUUGUUCUGUCAGAUACGCCGCCAGGUGCAGGCGUUCAUUCUCCCCCAAACGCUGCAUGUGCGAAGGCGUGGCGGCCGACCGCACGUGUACGCAUGAAAAAUCGUGAAAAGACCUGCAUGCGUUCAAGUCACUUUCUCUCGC